AUGCUUCUCUACGCCAUGAGACUAGUCGGGACUUGGCAUCGUGUGGAUUCACAUUUUGCUGUACGCGACAAAAGAGCACCUUUCACAUUUACAGCCGCGUCGAUUGAGGGCCAAAACGAAAAGGUUUACACGUGUUAUUACGCUCUCGACUUAACGAGCUUAUUGAAAGAUCUGAAGGGGGCGCUAGAUCUCUGGUUCCUCUCCAGGACCAGCUGGACAGUGGUGAAACAAGGUUGA